AUUUUACAGUAAAGUGCUUGCAUUUACAUUUACCUUUGACCGUUGAACUCGUCCGUCGGCGGCGCCGUCGCCGCGCGCCGUACUUAACCCCACCGGUCACCUGCUCCCGUUUAGUCUGUCACCAUCUUCCUCCUAUAUGGAUAGUUGAUUAAUGGAAUCUAUCUGCUCCUACGUAUAAAAUAAAGUAUCGAAAGAAAGUCUUUGCCGUUUGUUUUAGUUCAACAAUUGCGAGAGAAAGAGAGUGAAGAACUUAGAAUGGAGAAAGAAGACCUGAAGCCAAGAGUCUCUUCGUACUUUCUCUCUCUCAGCCUCUCUAUAUUUCCAUUUCUACGCACUGGUUGUCAUCUUCUUCCUCUUCUCUUCUUCUCUGGCAAGUUUCAUCUUUUUCUCGUUGCGUUCUUCUCACCUGCUUGCUUUUCUGUAUUUAAACUGUACUUCUGCUGGAAGCCAUGCAAGAAUUCUUUGGGAAGAUGAAAUGGGAUUUGUUCUUCAAAACUUCUGAAUUGAAAAGGAGCUUCAUUUAGGUGAGAUAGGUCAUCUUCCUUCUUCUGCAAAGCUGGGGAGGAGUUUUGGGCUCGUUAGCGAUGCGGACAAGGUGUUUGUCGUUUGUAUUCUUAUUUUCCCUGGUUCUUCUGUUGGCUUCGUUGGGCCAGGCCUGUGACUCUGGUGAUUUGAGCGCGCUUCUGAGUUUCUCGGCCGGCCUAGACUCACCUAUCCAAGGAUGGGGAAGUAAUUCUUCGUCGUCGUCUUCUGACUGCUGCAGCUGGCCUGGAGUCCGCUGCGAUUCUCUGUUUUUCAAUGGAAGAAGAGUGAUUGGAUUGGAUCUAGCUCAAAAGCAGCUUCAUGGUUCACUCUCAGAUAGUCUUGCCGGCCUUGAUCAUAUCCUAAAUCUCAAUCUAUCGUUCAAUUUUCUUCGUGGUUCUGUCCCAGCCAAGCUUUUUCUUCUCACUCAAUUGGAGUUUCUUGAUCUUAGCAUGAACGAGCUUUCUGGAUCCUUUCCACCUGAGAUAGGCCUUCCAUCUAUCAAAAGUUUCAACAUUUCAAACAACUUGUUUAACGGCACCCUUCCAAGCUUCUCCAGUUCUGUAGAACUCAUGGCUUUGGAUGUCAGUAACAAUACUUUUUCUGGUCCGAUUAAAGCAGAUAUUUGUGGUUCAUCUUCUCAGAUACAAAAACUCAUCUUCUCAAUGAACUAUUUCUCAAAUCAGUUUCCGGUGGGCUUUGGAAACUGCAGGUCCCUUGUUCAGCUCUCCCUUGAUGUGAAUGAAAUUUCUGGGGGCUUGCCUGAUGAUUUGUUUACUUUGAAAUCUUUGAAAUAUCUGCAUUUGCAACAGAAUACCCUAUCUGGUUCAUUAAGUGAAAGAUUUGGUAAUCUCUCUAGCCUUGUUCAGGUGGAUCUCUCUGUGAACAAUUUCAUAGGAUUUAUUCCCAAUGUCUUUGAUAAACUCAGCAAUUUGGAGUCAUUUUCUGCCCAGACUAAUGGCUUCAAUGGUACUUUGCCAAGUUCUUUUUCCAACUUGGCAAAUCUUAGAGUGCUUAAUCUUAGGAAUAACUCCCUGAGUGGGGAGAUAAAUUUGAACUGUGCUUCUAUGUCUAUGCUAAGCACCCUUGAUUUGGGCUCAAAUCAUCUCACUGGCUUCAUUCCCAAAAACCUCUCACAGUGUUCAAAUCUAAACUCGUUAAAUCUUGCUAAGAACAACCUGAUAGGUGAAAUUCCAAGCAGCUUCAAGCUCCUCAACUCGCUAUUUUACUUAUCACUCACUAACAACAGCCUCACCAAUAUAACCUCAGCAUUGGAAACCCUACAGCAUUGCAGUAACCUUACUAUUUUGGUCCUGACACUGAAUUUUCGUGGUGGUGAGACUAUGCCAGUUGAAGGAAUAUAUGGAUUUACUAAUAUUAAGGUUCUUGUCAUUGCAAACUGUGGUCUCUCUGGUUAUAUACCACCAUGGUUGAGUAGAAGCACCAAGUUGAAUAUCUUGGAUAUAUCAUGGAAUCUAAUAAGCGGGUUGAUUCCUCCAUGGUUGGGGGUCUUUGAUAAUCUCUUUUAUCUUGAUAUCUCAAAUAAUUCUCUUACCGGAGAAAUUCCGGUCAGUUUCAUGCAGCUGAAGAGCUUCAUUCAUGCCAAUGCAUCUACUCAAGCAUCAUCCAUGCAGGAUUUUCCGUUCUUCGUCAAGAGAAAUGCUUCCGCAAAAGCUUUGCAAUAUAAUAAUUUUGACAACUUUCCAGCAUCUUUGAUUCUGAGUAACAACAAACUUGUUGGUCCUAUUCUCCCGGGUUUUGGGAAUCUCAAGAUGCUCCUAGUCCUGGAUUUGCACAAGAAUAAUUUGUCAGGGCCCAUACCUAAGGAGCUUUCAGGCAUGGCAAACUUGGAGAAUUUAGAUUUGUCUUACAACAAUCUAUCUGGAAAUAUACCAGAUACACUGACAAAACUGAACUUCUUGUCCAGGUUUGAUGUAUCUUUCAAUAAUUUAGCUGGCCCCAUUCCAUCUGGUGGCCAAUUCUCAACUUUCUCUAGUUCUGACUUCAUAGGAAAUCGGGAUCUAUGUGGCUUUCAUCUAUCUCCCUGCCAAUCCAAAACACCUCCUCAUCCUCAAAGCAGAAAACAGAAGAGCAAGGCUACGAUUGUAGGAGUAGCAAUUGGAAUGGGAACAGGAAUAGUUGUACUCCUUGUAAUAAUCUACUUGGCUGUAAUAAGGUUUCUUUCUAGAAAGCAAGAAGAGAAUGCAAAAGUGGUGGCUGACAUUGAUGGUAGCUCAGAAGCAGCUGGAUCUAGAUUGGUGCUUUUAUUUCAUAACAAAGAUAACAAGGAGAUAAGCAUCCAUGCUAUUUUGAAAUCUACCAACAACUUUGACCAAGCUUUUUUAAUAGGGUGUGGAGGUUUUGGUUUGGUCUACAAAGCAUCACUAGAAGAUGGAAGAAAGAUGGCCAUCAAAAGGCUGUCAGGCGAUUUUUAUCAGAUGGAAAGGGAAUUUCAAGCUGAGGUAGAAGCUCUUUCCAUGGCACAGCAUGAAAAUCUUGUUUUGCUUCAGGGUUAUUGCAAGGUUGGCAAAGAUAGGCUCUUGAUCUAUUCUUUUAUGGAAAAUGGAAGCUUGGAUUACUGGCUUCAUGAGAAAACCGAUGGUGCCUCUAUGUUAUGUUGGUUGAAAAGACUUAAGAUAGCUCAAGGAGCUGCUAGGGGACUGGCAUAUCUGCACCAUUCAUGCCAGCCAAAUAUAAUACAUCGAGAUAUUAAAUCAAGUAAUAUUCUUCUGGAUGAAAACUUUGAAGCUCAUUUGGCUGAUUUUGGGCUAGCAAGGCUCAUAUUACCCUAUGAUACACAUGUUACUACUGACCUUGUUGGGACAUUGGGCUACAUCCCUCCAGAAUAUAGCCAAGCUUCAAUAGCUACUUUCAAAGGUGAUAUCUAUAGCUUUGGUGUAGUUCUUCUGGAACUGCUCACUGGUCGAAGACCUGUAGACAUUAGCAAGCCAAAAGGAAGCAGGGAGUUGUUAUUAUGGGUGCUUGAGAUGAAUGAGAGAAGGGAAACUGAGGUGUUUGAUCCUAUUAUAUACCAUAAGAAUAUCGAAAGGCAGCUUUUUCGAGCACUUGAGAUUGCAUGCCUUUGUGUCAGUGAAUCACCAAAACUCAGGCCAUCAACUCAGCAAUUAGUUACAUGGCUUGAAAACAUUGGAAGUGAAGGAUGUUAAGGUGAAGAACAACUGGUCUAAAGUUUAGUGUGUAUGAUAAUUUGGCAUCACAGAUUUAGAUACUUUGAUUUUGUUUCUUUGGGAAAUUUCUUGUGUCUGUUCCCCAAAAUUAACAGUGGGAAUAGUAAGGUUUAGUUUAGAAAAAGAAAAAUUAUUAUGUGGAUGUUGAUGGUGAGGAAGAUGAAAGCAGGUAAUCAGGAGUUUUGUACAGAGCUGCAGAUGCUAUAUGUUAGCUCCUGAUUGAUUGGGUGCAUCUUUCGCAUCUUCCUCAUCCUCAUAUAAUAAUUUCUCUAAGAAUGUUCUUCAGAGGUUCUAUUGAAGGUCGUAUAUAGAAUAGUGCUUGGUCUUUUUUCUGCAUGUUUAAGAGAUGAACUCUCUAGUGGAAAAUGAAAAGAAUAUAAAGAUAUAUGGCAUGUAUUUUGUAAGGUUUUGUUGUAAUAUUCACAUUAAUGAUCCUGAAUGCAUAAGAAUGAUUUACAUUUGAUUUUUGGCAGUUUGCUGAUAAUACCACAUUUCAAGAGCACCUUUCCAUC